AUGGGCAUCCGAAUCACGACCUGGAAUGUCAAUGGCAUUCGCAAUCCGUUCGGAUAUCAGCCAUGGAGAGACAAGAGAACUUUUGACGGCAUGUUCGAUAUUCUGGAGGCGGACAUAGUCGUUUUUCAAGAAACCAAGAUACAACGAAAAGAUCUGAGAGAUGAUAUGGUCUUGGUGCCGGGAUGGGAUAACUAUUGGAGUCUACCGAAACACAAGAAAGGAUACUCUGGCGUUGUCAUCUACACGCGAAAUGCGACCUGUGCACCCAUCAGAGCGGAAGAAGGCAUUACUGGGAUCCUGACCCCGCCGAACACGUCUACAAGUUUUCGAGACCUCCCAGACGACCAACAAAUCGGAGGAUAUCCCAAUGCCGAACAGUUGUCACAGUCUGACUACGAUCCUGCCACCCUCGAUGCGGAAGGAAGAUGCGUCAUCCUUGAGUUUCCUGCUUUCGUUCUCAUUGGGACCUACUGUCCUGCCGAGCGUGACGAGACGCGGACACAUUAUCGCACAAGCUUUCUAUGUGUACUCGAUGCCAGGAUACGGAAUCUUGUGAAGAUGGGGAAGAGGGUGGUGUGGGUAGGAGAUCUCAACAUAUCUCGGGAGGAGAUCGACACGGCCGCUGCCGAGGAAAGCAUGAGGAAGAAUGGCCUUGACCCUGUGGAAUGGAUCUCCACUCCUGCAAGAAGAAUAUUCAAUCAACUGCUCGUGGGAGGAAAGGUAUAUGGAGAAAGAGAUGAGGGACGAGAGACACCAAUCAUGUGGGACGUGUGUAGAGGUUUUCAUCCGGGCCGGAAGGGAAUGUAUACCUGCUGGGAAACCAAGGUCAAUGCUCGACCAGGUAACUAUGGCUCCAGGAUCGACUAUGUUGUCUGCAGCCACGACAUGAAGGAUUGGUUUAGUGACUCGAAUAUCCAAGAAGGACUCAUGGGCUCUGAUCAUUGCCCCGUCUAUGCGGUACUCAACGACACAGUGGUGGUAGAUGGGGUCGAGAGACACAUUCUGGACACGGUCAACCCACCGGGCAUGUUUGAAAAUGGAGUGCGCAAGCAAGAUUGGUCAGCAAAAUGCCUCCUUCCAAUGUCCGGCAAGCUGAUUCAAGAAUUUGACAAGAGACAAAGCAUACGAGAUAUGUUUACUCGAACGCCAUCCAUGCAGAAAUCGAGGACAUCUGUUGAUGGAAAAGGCAAGAGUGAUACCUCGACGCCGCCUUCGAUUUCCUCUGCGGCACCAACUAGCACGGACGCGUCCACACAGGCCGAGGAUGCCACAUCUUUGUCGAGGACGGUGUCAAAUGCAUCCUCAACUUCAAAUGUCAAUGGAAAACGCUCUAUAACGGCUUCUGAAAACCUCCCCUCUGCAAAACGCAGCAAAACGGCGUCGCAGUCAGCAACAAAUAGCUCUAGCAAGGCCCAACAAAGUUUGAAAGGCUUCUUCUCUACGAAAACACCACCAGUUGAGCAGGCUACAGAAGAAACGCCUCCGACGGCGCCGAAAUCCGAUAUGACUACUUCUGCUGAAGUUAGCAAUUCAACGAUUACCACUUCCUUGGCCCUCAACCCAACUCCCUCCCUCGAAGAUGAAGCCGCUGUUUUCGCUACCAGGCACACCUGGGGUAAAUUGUUCUCGAAGCCCAUUUCCCCCAAAUGCGAACAUGGAGAGCCUUGCAAAACCAUGAUCACCAAAAAACCAGGUGUGAAUUGUGGUCGCUCGUUCUGGAUGUGUAAUCGACCCCUGGGGCCAAAAGGGAAACAAGAGAAGGGGACACAGUGGAGGUGCAACACGUUUAUUUGGGCUAGUGAUUGGGAUACCCAUGCUUCUGAGCCAGGAUAG